AUGCACAUCUCGGAAAAGAAUGCUGAGGGCGUCAUUGUGAAUUUCGCGACCAUCAAUCUUACAGCAGUGGCUCAGCCCUGGCAGCCUACCGGGGUAGAGGGGCAUUGCUAUGGAGGAUGGAGGAUUACUGGGGCCGGUGUCGGCCUUCUGGUAGAAGUGAAGAGGUUUGCAAUUAGGAGUCUGAUGGGUAAGGAGUUGGACUCUCAAAUUGUUCUGCGGAUUAUAGAAGCUAGGGAUGAUCAGGUUGAACAAGCAGGAUAUCUGUUCCGCCAAAACCCAGACAUGAGUUCUGUGAUGGCUAUUGCAGCUGCAGGUGAUUUGUCCAUACCGUAUAUCUAUAGUAAAUGUCAUGACCCUGAUAUUGCAGGUCCAUACUGGAGCGGUACCACGAUUUAUCGGGCCGACAUCAGUGAGACUAUGCACAGUCUUGCAGCAAAGGAUCUAAGCUAUCAACCUCCCAAGGAACAAUCCCAUAACAAGACACUGAAGUGGAAUAACGUCCUUCGCGUUGAUCUUGCACGCUCUAGAGAACGCUUGUACACUGUCUACAAGGCUUUAAGGGAAAUGAGAGCUUAG